AUGACUGUAGGCGGCAAAAUUGUCAUGGGACAGUUGGAAACAAAAGACAUUGAGCAGAUUGUUGACGCUCGGAAUCCGCUUUUGUUCUGGAGCAAAGAUCUAGAUGCCUACGUGAAGGAAGUUGAUCCUGCAAAGAAAGUGCUUCUCUUACUUAACAAGGCGGAUCUUUUGGAGGAAGAACAAAUAGCUGGAUGGGCAAAGUACUUUGCGGAAAAUCAAAUUAAUGCUGCAUUUUGGACUGCUUUGGAAGUAUCCGAUCCCGAGGAGGAAUGCAACUCGGAGCCAUCUACGGCUUCUUCGAGCGGACUUUUGUUUUUGCGCACACGUGAUCAGCUCGUGCAAUACUUGAAAGAGAUGGGGCAUGUUAUUGACGCUCCGGGUUCUAAACCUGUAGUUACUGGAAUGGUCGGCUAUCCAAACGUUGGCAAGAGUUCAACAAUAAACAGAAUUGCUGGUAGCAAGAAGGUUUCGGUGUCGGCUACUCCCGGAAAGACACGCCACUUCCAAACUGUUCAUAUUGACGAACAGGGCGAACUGUUAUACAGAAUGUACAUCGUUGUCGCUCUCAGUGAAAUAAGGAGGAGGUAUCCAAUAAUCAUUGAUGAUGAAAUUGUGUUGCAGCUCAUUUUGUGCGAUUGUCCCGGUCUUGUAAUGCCGUCAUUCGCGUUCGGACGAAAUGAAAUGUUUCUUAACGGUAUCCUCCCGGUGGAUCAAAUGCGUGAUCAUUUUGGACCUAUUGCUUUGUUGUUGUCGCGCAUACCUGUAUCAUUCUUUGAGCAAACGUAUUCAGUCAUGUUACCUGAGAAUUCGGAGCCAUCUGCAUUGAACCUCCUAACUUCAAUAGCAUUCAUGCGAGGGUUCAUGUCUGCAUCAGGAAUCCCCGAUUGUUCUCGGGCAGCCCGCUUUGUAAUUAAGGAUCUUGUUUGUGGUCGCUUGCGUUGGGUGGCUCCGCCACCCGGAAUAGAUCAGAAUGAAUUCAACAGUCAUCUAUUCGUGGGGGAGAAGUCAAGAUCGGGGCGAGUUCAGCUCGAACAACUAGAAAAGCGGGGUCUUUUAGAAGGUGACGGUAUAGUUGACAAGAAAGUUGACUCCCAGUUUUUUAAUGACACUACGGGCGCUAUGCAUACACGAAGUGCUAAGGGAAAUCCCGUUGGUUCUCCAGGUGUUGGGCCUGCGGAGAAAGGCGAUAAACGUCAUUACAAUAAAAAUAAGAAAGAAAAACUGCGGAGAAUAUAUAGGAUCAGCAUGGGGAAAAUAAUGAAGCCGGGCAAGGUUGUCCUUGUCCUACGUGGUAAAUAUGCCGGUAGGAAAGCACUCGUCGUGAAAGCACAGGAUGAAGGAGGAGCUGAUAGGUCGUAUCCUCAUGCCAUCAUUGCUGGAAUCGACAAGUACCCACUGAAGGUCACGAAAAGCAUGGGGAAAAAGAAGCAGGAGAAGCGUAACAAAUUGAAGCCUUUUGUGAAAGUCGUGUCAUAUAGCCAUCUCCUUCCUACAAGAUACUCAGUUGAUGUUGCAUUCGAUAAGGCUAACAUCAAUAAGGAAUCACUGAGGAUUCCAAAGAAGAAGAGAUGUGCUCUGGCAGAAAUUAAGUCAAAGUUUGAGGAGCGAUACAAAACUGGAAAGAACAAAUGGUUUUUCACCAAAUUGCGCUUCUAA